CAACAUUAGAGUAAAUGAAAGUUGCUGUUGUACGUUAUUAGAAGAGUUCCAUUGGACCGAAAACCAGAUUGUGGUCAGAUCAUAUAAAUAUGAUUAGGGAGAUUUAAACAGCUUACAAUCAUUUUUCUAAUACAAGAUCAAACCUUAGAAAACACGAUGUUGUUCCCAAGAAAGUUUAUAUUCUUCUUCUCGUGUGUCUUGAGGUUUGUAUCUGUUCACGGAAAUUUCAAAUUCCUUAACUCCCGGAGAUUUUUGGACCAACCAUCAUUCCUUUCAACAAGACCAAACAGAGCCUUAAGGAGAGGUCCAUUAGUGGAUUCUGAUUUCAGAUUAGGUAGAACAUUUACAUCAUUAUCUCCAUGGAGAGAAGUAAAUCAGAGAAAUUAUUUUGGUAUUAGUCCAAGAACUUCUGGGAGAUCAUUAAGGAAUAAUUGGUCGUCUUCAACACUUGUUAACAGAAGAAGACCCUUAUUUGCAAUUCAGGAGAAUAGGCUAAGGAGAGGAAAUGGUAACGAUUUACAGGGACAUCAAAGCGGAAAAUCCAGUAAAGAAGUACUCAACAAUCCCAUGAAAAAUAUAAAUCAAGUCAGAUUGGCCGAACGUUCGGGAAGAGGUACAAUUAAAUCAAGAAGAAUAGAAAACCUACUGAAGCUGAUGUCGCAAAACCAGAGGGCCGACUUUUUAAAUCUUUUGAAAGGUGGUAUUGGUAAGAAAACAUCGGCUGAAAGAAUGCCAAGUGCAGUUUCAAGGCUUUCACCUGUCUCCAGUCGAAAUGAUUUUUUGAGAAAGAAAAGUAGUCUUGUACAAUUGCGAGGGUUCAAAAGCUUGGAUCUGGUCGAAGAAAAGAAGACAUCUGCAGAGAAAAUUUCGGAGCCUAAACGUGAAUUAAAACUUUCGAAGGCAGUUAUUACAAGACCAAAGCAAGUUCUAAAUCAAAAUUUAUUCUUGCGAGUGAGGAAUACUCCAAUAAAACGCACUAGAACUCCCCAUUUUCUGCCCUUGGAAAGAAACAAUAUAGUCACAGAAAAGAAGAAAACAUCUGCAGAGAAAAUUUCGAAAUCUGAGCAACGUACAAAGCUUUCAAAUAUAAACGAUACUCAAGCUAAUCAAAAAAUACUCCUCCUUCAACGAUUAAAUACUUAUUUGCGACAGCAACUCGCUUCCAGAAAACAUACUAACUCCAAACAAACCAACAAACAAUUGAAGAAAGCCAGCGAAACGAGUAAGGAAAUAAUGAAAGACAACAACAUUAGGCAUGCAACGACACCACGUGUUGUCAAUGCUCCUCGCAAACAAGAACCUCUUUUAUCCCUUACUCAAAGGCCACAUAGAAGAUCACAAUUAUUACUGGAACCAAUGCGAUUUAAUCCACAUCGACGCCGAUUACCACUACAAGGAAUAAUGAGAUCUAGUCAGGGUGUGCCGUCAGAAAAAGUAAUAGAAGCAAACACAGUGGAUAGCCCCAAGAAAGCAAAUGUGUCCCCUCAAAAGCCUCUUUUUGUGCUUUUGAACCCAUUUACAGGAACUGUUGGUUCUUCAACUUCAUCGAUACAGGACAAAAACAAAAACACAAGUAAAGAAGACAAGAGUGGAGAAAAAUUCAUGUGGGUAAAUCCUUAAACUGAUGGUAUUAAUUGGAACAUUAACCUAACUUAGUUAAAACAAAAUGUGUAAAUUGGUUUAUCCUGUUGGUAAUAAAUGUAUCUAUUUUGUACAUAUUUAUUUCAAUCCUAGACCAUUGCGAAAAAAAAAUCAUGCUAGUCAAACUAAGACUGAUUAUAGGAAGUUCUGUCAUAAUAAAAAAUCAGCAACUUGUGUUUAAUUUUUUAAUGUGUUAUAAGAUUAACGCUCAGAUCAAAUUUGAUUGACAUUUUCCUAAUAAACAUUAUGGACCUUGUUAUCUUGUCUGUCAUUAA